GUUUAUUUGUUUUGUGUUGCUCUUAGUAUAAUUCUGUAUUUAGUACAAUUAUAUAUUGUCACAGUGAUAUUUUCUGCAUAUUAUAAUAUUAAAUGUAAAACAAUAAGUAAGCAGAUUGAAUUAGCUGUUUGUGAUGCACUUUCGGAAAGUCGCGUAGUCAAACACAGUUCGGGAGUAUUUAAAAUAGAAAGAUUUUCAAGAGGAAAUAUGGAGGAGGACACAACAUCUAUUAGCUGGCGGAUCGGUUAUUCUAUCUUUGGAAUCUACCUUGUAUAUAAAUUGAUACUCGGACUCAAACGUUUUAUAGAGAAUUUUAAGUUUUUCAACCAACUCCCGGGAGAAACAGACUUUCACUGGAUAUGGGGAAAUCUACACAAGUUAUCUCGGAACACAGAAGAAAGGAUGGCAUAUGUCAAAGAAUUAUUGAAGAAAUAUCCACGAUUUUACCGCACAUGGUUGACACCCUUUAAACCAGUUAUUAACCUUAGUCAUCCAGAAACUGUUAAAGUGUUACUCAAAACAUCAGAGCCAAAACCACGGGGAUUUGGUGCCUCUUAUGAAUUUGCCCUACCUUGGUUAGGAGACGGCCUUCUUCUGGCAGGGGGUAAAAGAUGGGCGAGGUCCAGACGUCUGUUGACUCCAGCUUUCCAUUUUGAUAUCCUGAAACCUUAUGUAACUAUUUAUAACGAAGCUGCAGACAUACUCAUAGAAAAGAUUGAUAAAUUUGCUGAAAAUGGCGAAAGUUUUGAAAUCUUUAGCUUAAUUUCUCAAUGUACCUUAGAUGUUAUUUUACGAUGUGCCAUGUCCUACAAAGGAGAUAUUCAGAGAAAAGGGGAAACUCAUCCGUACAACCAAGCUGUAAAUGAAUUAUCAGAACUUUGGUUUGAUAGAGGAAGGCAGCCAUGGUUGUAUUUUGAUACCUUUUAUUAUAUGACUAAAGACGGGAAAAGAUUUCGAGAGCAAUGUAACUACGUCCAUUCUGUAUCCGAGGAAAUCAUUGAAAAACGACGAAAAACUUUGGAAACUGAAGGGCCUAAUAAGAAACAGAGAUAUUUGGACUUCUUGGAUAUUUUGUUAACAGCUAAAGAUGAAAAUGGUGUUGGGUUAACUCCCCUUGAAAUUCGAAAUGAAGUGGACACGUUUCUAUUUGAAGGUCAUGAUACUACAGCUAGUGCUAUAUCUUGGAUCCUGUAUUCUCUUUCUACACAUCCUCUGUAUCAACAACAAGUCUUUGGUGAAGUAGAAAAUUUAGUAGGUGACAGGGAAUGUCCUAAUAUUAAAUGGAAUGAUUUACCAAAGUUGGAAUAUUUGAGUCGAGUUAUUAAAGAGGGAAUGCGUCUACAUUGUCCAGUUCCGUUCGCUCAGAGAGAAUUAACACAAGAUACCGUUAUAGACGGACACCUGUUUCCAAAAGAAACCCAUUGUUCUAUACAUAUACUUAAUCUUCAUCAUAAUCCUCUAGUCUGGUCCGAUCCCUGGGAAUUCCAACCGGAUCGUUUCUUACCGGAAAAUAUGCAGAACUUAGAUAGCUAUGCUUUUGUUCCGUUUUCCGCUGGUCCUAGGAAUUGUAUAGGUCAACAUUUUGCGAUGGAUGAAGAAAAGGUUCUUCUCUCCCGUAUAAUACAAAGAUACCAAUUAAAAGCUGAUCCUGAUCACUUGGUUCAGAGGAAAGUAGCCGCUGUAAUGAGAGCUGAGAAUGGAAUUCGUAUGUUUGCUACUAGACGAUGAUAUCUGCUUAAUAUCGGUGUGCCAGAAUUUGAAAACCUUACAUCUCGAUUUAAAAAAAAUUCUCAUAUCAUAGGAAUUCUAAAGAGGUGUACUAUUUUUGAACAUUUUGUAUAUUUUUUUUUUAUUGCAUCAGUCUCGUCUUUUAGUGUUCCGAGUCACGCAAAAUACCACAUAACUUCUUUGAAUCUUUUAACCUGAACUAUUAUUUCCUGGUGGUUAAAGGGAUUGUAAAGAGUAUUUGUCUAAUCUAGGAAUUGUUCACUUUUCUGUCCCGAAGAGGGAACAUUCGCCACUGAUUUCUUGAACCAUGAGCUUUUAACUUUGACCUAUUUUGCUUUUGAGUGCUACUACAAAAUAUUUAUCAGCAUGAUACUCUUUUAAAAGAUAUCCACAUUUCUUUCAGAGAAUCCACAUAGGUUAGAUUUUUAUCACACAACAAUUGUGUAUGUGGUUUAUUGAUAUUUCACUCUGCGUAUGUUAUAUGAAUUUUAUGAAAUUAGUAAAUAUUCCCUGGCCAUGGCCCCUUAAUAUUAAAUCUUCAUAAAUUUCAUAUUAAAUAAGCUCUCAUUUAAAAUUCUCUAAAUUUGGUAUACCUAUUGUUGUUAUUGAGUUAGUCUUGCCAUAUGCCAAGUGUUAUAUUGUUUUAUCAUUAUUGCAAUUGUGUAACAAGUUAUAAUAAAAUAACGUUAAAAUUGUG